CUGUCAAAGUUCCGGAAACAGAUUGUUCUUUUCUGUUCGGCGACUGAUCCACGCGGAUAGGAAAUAAUUUGCAGCAAAGUGAAAGGCAAGAUGGGAAAGAAGCAAAGGAACAAGAAGGCCAAGGCCGCUGCUGCGCUCGCUGCCGCGGCCGCUGCCACUGAAGCUGCCGCUGCCCUAAAACUGCAGAAUGGACAUGCUUCGGGUGAUUCGGAUGAUUCGGAUGAUGGCGAGGGGGCAGCAGCCGCCGCUGCUUAUAAGCAGUCGCGUGGCGAGAAGAAGGCACGUCGCCUGCUGGCCAAGCUCGACCUGCAGCCCGUGCCGAAUGUCAAUCGCGUGGCCAUGCGCAAGAAGAAGAACAUUCUGCUGUUUAUGGAUCAGCCCGAUGUGUACAAGGUGGGCGAGACGUAUGUGUGCUUUGGCGAGGUCAAAGUCGACGACAUUGCCAGCACGGCCGCCGCUCAAGCCGCCGAACGCUUUAUCCACAACGACGUCGCUCCAGAUCAGUCGGAGCAGGAGGAGGCCGAGGCGGAGGCUCUGGCCAUGGCCCAAGCUGCUGAAGACGAAAAGGAUGAUCCGGAGAUCGACGAGGCAGCUGCCAGCGAACUGACCAACGAGGACAUCGAACUGGUCCAGAUGCAGUCCAAUUGCUCCCGCAAGAAGGCCAUCAACGCGCUGCUGGAGAACGACAACGAUGUGGUGAAUGCCAUCAUGGCACUGACUGUCUCCGUCGCUUGAGCGCAGGCAAAAGCACUUUUUAAGCAAAUAAAAAAGCAAAUUGUUCGUAUUGUAGUAGA